GUUUGCAUUGUGUUGCGUUGCCGCUGUCGUCGAAUUUUUCAUGCAAAUGUCGCUGUUAUUUGAAUAUGCUAAGAAAUGGGCACUACAGCUUCAGUGUUGCAGUGGUCAUGUUCCAAUUGCAAUUUAUUGAAUCCAGUUGAAUGCAAUUUAUGUUUCAACUGCAGAAAAAUGCGAUUUCUUCUCCGUAAUAGCGAAAGAAAGUUAAAUUUCGUUGAUUAUGAAAACAAAACAAGCGCUGUUUUCAGAUCGCUAAAACUAACUGAACGCAUCUGGACCUGCUUAAACUGUACCUACGCUUACAACUCAAUGUUUUCCGAGCAAUGCAACUUAUGCCAUUCGAUGAAAAGUAACAUAAACAUGAUUACAAAGUGUAAAAUAAAUUGUCCUGGAACCAUACCACUGAAAAAUAAUGAGCAGUGGAUAUGUGAUAAGUGCACUUUAGUAAACGUAGCAACCAAAACCGAAUGUGCAGCUUGUGGAGGUUCAAAACUGGGAAGUGUGAUCGAAAUAGGGGAAACCAUAUUUAAAAGAGACAAUUUCUGGACAUGUAUGGAAUGUACUUUAAAAAAUUGUUUAGAAGAUCAUAUAUGUAGUGCUUGCACAUCAUCAAUAAAUCACAAUGAUAUAGGUGGAUAUCCUUCACCAAUGUUAGAAAGGUCUUCGGAUUCUGGAGCAGUUCCAAAAAACAAAAGUAUUGAAAAAUUCUCUAGUAAGGCUUAUGAUCGCCUAAACAUAACGAGUAUUCCGGCUGGAAAAAUCUGGUUCUGUCCCACAUGCACAUUUAAAAAUGCAUCAGCUAGUGUAGUAUGCGACAUGUGUUCAAGCCAACGAUUAAUAAACAUGAAUGCCACUAUAGCUAAAAAUUCAAAAAACGAUUUCAUAAAACAGUUAGAUGAUUCGGAUUCAUUGAAUAAGUGGGUGAAUAUCAUUCAAUAUUGUAAAGAAAAUGAUGAAUUAUUCGUGGACGAUUCAUUCCCGCCUGCUAAUAAGAGUUUAUAUUAUUACCCAACAUGCCAUAUAGAAUCAAACCCAGUAGUACAAUGGCGCCGACCUCACGAAAUAUGUUGUGAUGAAACGAACUCCCUUCCAUGGAGAGUGUUCAGAACGCCCCUUCCAUCAGAUAUUUGCCAAGGAAUACUAGGAAAUUGUUGGUUGUUGAGUGCAUUAGCCGUUCUCGCCGAAAGAGAAGACCUUGUACGUAAAGUAGUCGUUACGAAAACCAUUUGCCCUCAGGGAGCGUAUCAAGUUCGGUUGUGUAAAGAUGGAAAGUGGACAACUGUUUUGGUAGAUGAUUUAUUACCGUGCGAUAGAAAAGAUCUACUAGUGUAUUCACAAGCUAAGAGAAAACAAUUAUGGGUACCUAUCAUAGAAAAAGCAGUAGCAAAACUCCAUGGCUGCUACGAAGCAUUGGUGUCAGGAAGGGCAAUAGAGGGUUUAGCCACACUGACCGGAGCUCCAUGUGAAAGUAUACCUCUUCAGCCUAGCUCAAUGCCCUCCCUAAGCGAUGAUGAUGUGGAUAGAGAUCUCAUAUGGGCGCAACUACUAAGUUGUAGACAAGUGAAAUUUUUGAUGGGAGCAAGCUGUGGCGGUGGAAAUAUGAAAGUAGACGAUGAUGAAUAUCGUUCUAAAGGUCUUCGUCCUAGGCAUGCAUAUUCUGUCUUAGAUGUUCGAGACGUCCAAGGACAUCGUUUAGUAAAACUGCGUAAUCCAUGGGGCCAUUAUUCUUGGAAAGGAGAUUGGUCAGAUGAUUCACCUUUGUGGUGUAAUGGUUUAAGGAACAUAUUAAUGCCUCAUGGUGGUUCCGAAGGAGUGUUUUGGAUAUCAUUUGAAGAUGUUCUAAAAUAUUUUGAUUGCAUUGACAUAUGCAAGGUACGAGAUUGUUGGAACGAAGUAAGACUGUUAGGUAAUUCUCAACCUUUGUGCGCACUGUCGUGUGUGAUAAUCACAGUAAUUGAGCCAACGGAAGCUGAAUUUACAUUAUUUCAAGAGGGUCAAAGAAAUUCUGAAAAAUCUCUGCGGUCCCAACUUGAUCUCUGUGUUGUUGUGUUUAAAACGCGAAACUCAACACAACCGGAAGUGGGAAGACUAGUUGAACACAGCAAACGGCAAGUACGAGGAUUCGUUGGAUGUCAUAAAAUGCUGGAAACAGAUGUAUACCUGUUGGUUUGUUUAUCCUUCAAUCAUUGGCAUACAGGAAUCGAAGAUCCUUCAAUGUAUCCACAAUGUGUGUUGGCUAUACAUAGUUCGAAAAAACUCAUUGUUCAGCAAAUAUCACCUCCUUCCUACCUUUUAGCAGACGUUAUAAUCAGCCUUACUUUGACGAAAGGUCAGAGACAUGAAGGGCGAGAAGGAAUGACUGCCUACUAUCUUACAAAGGGCUGGGCUGGAUUGGUCGUGAUGGUGGAGAAUCGACAUGAGAACAAGUGGAUCCAUGUAAAGUGUGAUUGUAAAGAAAGUUACAAUGUAGUUUCUACAAGAGGUGAACUACAAACAAUAGACUCUGUGCCACCGAUGCAACGACAGGUAAUCAUAGUACUGACACAGCUUGAAGGUAGUGGAGGAUUCAGCAUUGCUCAUAGGCUUACUCAUAGACUAGCAAACUCUAGCGGAUUACAUGAUUGGGGCCCACCGUCAUCAACAAACUGUCCACCUAUCGAUAGUAUAUAUGAUCUUCAUUCUCCGCGCCUGAUAACUUAAUAAUACUAAUAUUAUAAUGAAAUAUAUGUGCAUUGCUGUAGAAAUACAAA